AUGUCGCAUGGCUUCUGCGAGGCGGUUGUAAUGCUUGGAUCGGAUGCUGCUGGUAAGACUACAAUACUAUACAAGCUGCACAUUGGCGACGUUUUAUCAAUAGUUCCACCAAUUAAAAAAUCUCAUCUCUUGGAUUUGAUAUCAAGAUUUGGCUUUGCACAUAGAAAGAUUGGCCAUAUUGGAAAUAAUAGCAAUAAAGGUGGCGGCGAUGCUUUUACGGAAGUUUGGUAUAGUAAUUGGAAAAAUGGCAUGCAAAAUUUUAUUGCUCAUGAAGGAGGUCCGGAAAGCCCACACACAUUUGCAAGAAUUAAGGUUGAGCAAUAUCAAAACCAAAGGGAGAAUAUUGAUUUUGUUUUUUCUUCAAAGAAUGUUGCUAAUGAAGAUGAGUAUCGUGUUCGGUUGACAACAGUUGUAAGAGUAGCUCGAUAUCUUUUGGGUGAAGGAUUGGCUUUUCGAGGACACGAUGAGUCACCAAAAUCAAUGCACCGAGGCCAUUUUCUUGAACUUUUAAAUUGGUUUUGUAAGUAUAAUGAAGAAGCAAACAAAGUGAUGCUAUCAAAUGCUCCUAAAAACAAUCAAUUGACUUCAUCUACCAUUCAAAGGCAUAUUAUUGAAGCUUGUGGAAAGGAAACUAGAAAAGUCAUUUUGAAUGAGAUCGGAGACAAGUUCUUUUCUCUUUUGCUUGAUGAGGCCCGAGAUAGUUCUAUGAAAGAGCAAAUGGCUGUGGUUUUGAGAUUUGUCAAUGAUGUAGGAGAAAUUGUUGAACGCUUUGUUGGAGUGGUUCAUGUAAUCGAGACUUCUACACAGUGUUUAAAGAAUGUUGUUGAUGAAUUCUUUGCGAUAAAUGGGUUGUCACUAUCAAGACUUAGAGGUCAAGGUUAUGAUGGAGCUUCUAAUAUGUGUGGUGAGCUUAAUGGAUUGAAAGCACUCAUUCUAAAUGGAAACAAGCAUGCGAAUUAUAUUAAUUGUUUUGCUCACCAACUCCAGUUAGUUGUUGUAUCUGCUGCAGAGGAAAAUCAUGAUGUGAGUCAAUUCUUUGAUUACGUUUCUAUGAUUGUGAAUAUGGUUGGAAGUUCAUGUAAAAGGCAUGAUGCUCUUCGACAAGCACACCGUGAUAAAGUUGUGCAAAAACUACAAAGUGGUGAGAUUUCAAAAGGGCAGGGUCAAAAUCAAGAAAUAAGCUUAGCUCGACCAGGUGCUACUCGUUGGGGUUCUCACUAUAAAAACAUUACUCCGGCUAUUUGA